UGAUAAUUGUCGAUAUCAUACCGUCAACCUCGUUCAAUAAUUGUUCAGAAUAUGACGAUUUUUUAUGAAUAUUCUAUUUCAGAGUCAAACCAGCGCCAUUAUAUCCCUGGUAUCUUUCUCUGAACUGAUUGUCGCCGACCUACUCACAGCUCUCAAAUUUUAUAACAACAUUUUUAAAGAGUAAGUGUUUUUGUGCUAACCUUUUCUGGGUAUUUUACUUUUCGUUUGUGAUAAACUAAGAUUUCCUUGCUUCUACAGAGUCGGUGUUGAUUAUUUCUCGCUUACCUAUCUGGAAUUGGAAAAACUGGUAAGUAUAAUUAGUUGCUUUAUGUUCUGGUCAAACGAGAACAAGAGUUGCAUGAGAGUUGAGAAGCGAGAGUUUCUAUGAGAGUUUUCUCAACUCUCGUGCCCCGGUCAAACGAGAACAAGAGUUGCAUGAGAGUUGAUGAGAGUUGAGAAGCGAGAGUUUGCAUGAGAGUUUUCUCAACUCUCAUGCCCCUGUCAAACGAGAACAAGAGUUGCACGAGAGUUGAUGAGAGUUGAGAAGCGAGAGUUUGCAUUGACCCCGGUCAAAUGAGAACAACAGACUCCGGUCAAAUGAGAACAAGAGUUGCAUGAGAGUUGACACGAUAUUACCGCACGCCUAUAGCGAAAACUUUCAUCAAAAUUUGAACCAGCUCAGUUGAUGAGAAUGCAUGAGAGUCCAUGAGAAUUUACGGUCGAACGCGUUGUCUAAGAAGAUCGAGCAGUUCCGAGCUGAUAGAGCUAUCCAGUAUAAAUAAAGUUAGUUUCAUUUAGCCUUUAUAGGUUUCCUCCUAUAUAGGUUCCCCUUAUUGGACCUCUAGGAAGAACCAUUUAGAACCGAUAGAGCUAUCCAGUAUAGAUAAAGUUAGUUUAAUUUAGAUUUCCGCCUGUAUCAAUAAGAUCAAUAAGAGAUGAUUCUUACUGGACCUCUAGGAAGAACCAUUUAGAACUGAUAGAGCUAUCCAGUAUAAAUAAAGUUAGUUUAGUUUAGGUUUCCUCCUGUAGUAACACUGGAUCAAUAAGAGAUAUCCUUACUGGACCUCUAUAGGGAAAACAGUUUAGAACUGAUAGAGCUAUCCAGUAUAAAUAAAGUUAGUUUAGUUUAGGUUUCCUCCUGUAGUAUCUGUAGACCAGGGGUCGGUUGUAUAAAAAUGUAGUUAAAGUUAACUAUAGUUAGUGCGAAAGUUAACCAAUCAAAAUCGCGAAUUUUACAGUUAACUACUAUUUAACUAGAAAACGGGUAGUUAAAAUGUAGUCAAAACUUUUAUACAACCGGCCCCAGUAAGACUGAUAAAGCUAUCCAGUAUCCAGAGUAAAUACAGGGAUCUCUUAUUUCUUAUUUUACAGCUAGGUUCAGACAUGCGUGCAUCGGUCGCAAACAUUGAUCCAAAAAAGUUGCAAGUUGAAGUUGGUGAUGGAGAUGUGGGCACGAAAUUAUUUUCUGCGUUCUUGGCUGCAAAAGAAAUCGUUGAAUAUCGUCAGUAUUUACCUCUAGGGUGAGUGGGAAAAGUAUUUAAUGUCUCUCGGAUCCUGAAUUUGCCUUGUUCAAAUGUUCCUCAAAAGUACGUAAAAACAAUGGAAAAUUUAACUGUACAUUACUCCAUUAUGUAUUCAACAAGAAAGUGUACUUAACUGUAUUUAUGUUACAUGCCUCAAAUGACAGAUACGCUGUUAAAAAUAUCUGUUUUAGCGGAUAUAAUGUACUGUUAUUUUUUUCACUAAGUGUUGUAAUCAUAAAUUGCAGUAUUUAAAAUCUGUAUUUAAAAAGAAAUCUGUUAUUUGACAUAUGUUGACCGUAAUCUUUUACAGUUACUACACUGUAAUUACAAAUUACGGUGUAAUAGAAUUACAGCCUUUUUACGGUAAAAAUACAGACCUUGGUAAAAAAAACAGCGGUCUCUGUAAAAUUACAGUGCAUUCUUUGGCGUCCCAGCUGCGAGUACUUUUUACUGUAAAAAUGUAAAAUUAUGGCGUUUUUAACGGUGUAGGGAAGUAUAUGAUCUAAUGAUUCGUUAAGAUUCCCCCAUGUGAUUCUCCAAUGUUCCUCGAUCUAACUUUGUAGUGACAGCGAGAGAAGAGAACUGGCUUUUGACAACAGCCAUGUUUGGUUUAAGAAGUUUAUAGAUCAUUGGUUCCAGAUUGCCCAUCAAAAAGCCUUGGCUAGAAUUACUAAAGCUGUCGAAAUAGACCAGGUGGGUGCUUUGGAGUCAUUAUUGCCUUAUUAUUGCGAGUGAGUGAAGACUUUAUUUAGCGAGGGUAGCACUAAAUAGUUUACAAGAAACUAACAAACUUGUGCCCCUCAAUUAUUAUAAUUACGAAGUAUAAAAAUAGAAGUUAUAUAAAUAUGUGCUAAAAUUAGUAAAAUACAAUAUAAAAUACAGUAAAACCUCGCGUAUAAGAACCUAGAUUUUUCAAGUUAGCCUAAACAGGUUCUUAUAUAAAUGGUGCUUAUCACGAAAUUAGGCUAAACAGGUUCUUAAAUAGGUUCUUAUUUUCUAAACAAAAAGCGACUCAUUUUCAGUUGGUGUAGAAGAAAAGCGACUCAUUUUCAGUUGGUGUAGAAAAAAUUUAUAUAAAUUAUGCCCAUAUGACGAGAGGAGUUUGUUUUCUUUUAUUUAUAAAUUUUACUUUCGACUGUUAGAAGGAUAAAAAUAAAAUAAGAACCUGUUUGAAAUUUUAGCCUAAACAGGUUCUUAUACAAAGGGGUCUAAAUAAGCAAUUUUAGCCUAACAGGUUCUUAAACUCUAGGUUCUUAUACGCAGGGUUUUACUGUAUUGUGAUUAUAUACAGUACAAAUAACUAUAUAGUAAGAUUGGGAGUAUCAUCUCACCAUAGGAAAAGUUCACGUAUUGUUUUUUUCUUUCCAGUCAAUGGUCGUUGAUUCCAGUGUCAAGUAUUCCACCUCAGCCGUCGAUGUGACGUGCUGUUUUUAUCAGGUUUGUUUAGGGGCGGACCAUUAGAAAAGUGAUGGGGCAAAAGCAAAAAUAAAAAUCGAGCAGGGGAAACAGAAAAAAAAAAUUCGUGCUACCAGAAAUGUUUGAAAAAAAAAAUUCGUGCAGAGACUUUUCAAUAGGGAAAAUUAUAAGUUAACAGGGCCUAUCAGAGGUACAGUGUAAGGAAAAUAAUUUUGAACUUUUUUAUAUAAGUAGUGGUGUGAGAAAAAAUUUUCUAAACCUAAAUGUAGUAGAUAUUGGUGCAAAAAAGCGUUUUAAUCAUGUUUUAAGAGGAAUUUUUCAGGGAAAAUGUGUUUUAAACCUUAACUAAACUGAUGUUAGUCCGGAAAAAUUUUUUUGACCCUUUUUUUUCUUUGUCCUGAAAAAAUUUUUAAGUCCGGAAAAAAUGUUUCAACCCCCCCCCCCAAAAAAAGAAAAUUGGGGGGAAAAAAAAUAAAAUUCUAGCAAGGGAUUCUAGCAAGGGAUUAUAAAAAAAAUCGACACAGCAAAAAAUUUUGAAAAAAAAUCGUGCAUGUUGAAAAUGGACCACCCCCCAUCACUUUUCUAAUGGUCCGUCCCUUAAUUAAUAAUUAACUGUUAUUAAUAAUUAGCUAAUGUUACAUAGACGAUAAUGAAUCUCUAUAGCCAAAAUGAUGUACUUUCCGGAAGAGUUUUUUUUUGCUGUUUCACAAUUUCCUGAUACAUAAAAAGAGACAAAAGAAACAGGUUUUGAUUUCAUGAUUCUAUCUAAUAAGUUCCAGUACUAUCCGGUGAAUAUUUGGCAACAUUUUACCGUAUCGUGGAUACAGGAAUCUGGACUGGGUAGGUAACAUAGUUCUUGAAUUUUUCUAGCUUUGUCAAUUUUGGAAAAGAUUAUGUUGGCCAGAUGCAACGGGGAGUUACCUUUAUGUUACCAAAUUAACCGAUGUAAGUUUACAUGAGAAUAUUUAAAUUUUAUGUUUUCGAUAUUUGGAUCUAUUUUUACACUAUCAGUCCAACUCGUGUUCGGUCUUCUCUGUCCGCUGGUCGUCUUUAUCUUCCGCUUCAUUGCAAUGUCUACCACCUCACAUCUUUUUCUGAUCUCUUCAUUCCAUAAUGUCUCUGACCAGCUCUCCUUCAUCUCUUCUUAUUACGUGUACAUACCAUCUCAGUCUUGCUUCCCUCACCUUCUCUUCAACGUUUACCAGCCCACAUCUUCUUCCGACCUUUUUAUUCCACAAUAUCUCUGACCAGCUCUCCUAUCUUUGCCAUCUCAUAUUUGCUUCCCUCACCUUCUCUGCAAUGUCUAUCACAUCACAUCUUCUGAUCUCGUUAUUCCAUAAUGUCUUUGACCAGCUUUCCUAUCUUUACCACCUCAGCCUUGUUUCCCUCGCCUUCUCUACAAUGUCUAUCACCUCACAUCUUCUUCUGAGCUCUUUAUUCCAUAAUAUCUCUGACCAGCUCUCUUCAUCUCCCUUAUUACAUGUCCAUACUAUCUCAUCCUUGCUUCCCUCACUUUCUCUGCAAUGUCUACCACUCCACGUUUUCUUCUCAUCUCUUCAUUGCACAGUGUAUCUGUGACCUACUUUCCUUAGUUUCUUAUUAUUAUGUGUCCAUACCAUUUAAAACUUGGUUGAAAGAUGAUAAUGGAACCAACAAUCAUUGUUGGUUCCAUUACCAUCUCUGCAAUGUCUACCAUUUCACAUCUUCGUCUGAACUCUUCAUUCCUCUCUUUUCCUCUAACGUAACACUAAGAACCUCAACAUUUGCAUCUCUGUCCUUCUUGUCGAUCUGUCUAUGUGAUUACCGCAUACGAAUUUGUCAACUUUAUUUUCAGGAUAUCUGUGAGGCCGCUCGCCACUAUGCUGAUGCUUUAGAGAAAAAAUUAAAGGACAACAAUUAUUAUGAUGAUAAUCCUUCCUACUUUGGUGUUAGUGCGUCGGUAUGUUGUUUUGAUUUUAUGAUAUUCUCUGUAAGCGGCCCUUGUCAAACGAGAAUGACAGUUGGUAAGCGAGAGUUUACUUGAGAGUUUUCUCAACUCUCAUGCCCCGGUCACACGAGAACAAGAGUUGCAUGAGAGUUGAGAAGCGAGAGUUUGCAUUAGAGUUUUCUCAACUCUCAUGCCCCGGUCAGACGUGAACAAUUAAGAGUUGCAUGAGAGUUGAUGAGAGUUCAUUGGAUAUUACCGCGCACGUAGCCAAAACUCUCAUCAACUCUCAUUUGCUUUCGGGCAGUUUGUUUUAAAGUUUGUGGCUUUCAGAUAAUGGCCCCGGGGCUUUAUUUAAACUCGCUUAUACUUCAUUCCAUUGUAGUUAUGUAUAACUCUGAACAAUCUGGCAUACACGCAACAAUGGUUGACUGAACUUGACACCCACUUGGACUGGCCCAGUAUUAUCAGUGGGAUGAGACUCGCACAUGAUGAGAGAAAGGCAAAGCAAUGUGAAGAAUCUUUGCAACAGUUUUCUGAACAUGCCCAAGAUGUACUGUUGGUGAAAACGGACGAGAUGAUAUACCAUAUUGGAGAAAAGGUUUGAAAUACUGGAUACAAAUGACAAAUCGCGCCGCCCCUUACCACCGAGUUAAAUCUGUGGGUCGAGGGUAGGGUAUUACUCCGUACAAUAAAGCUCCGCAUUAAACAACCAGUGAAUUUUGACUUCAGGCUGAAGUGGUUCUUAUAUAACAGGCACUUACAAGAAAUCUGGCUGAAGUGGUUCUUAACUGGUUCUUAUUCCCAGUCAAAAAAACUGUUCGUAGUUUUAGAGUUUUAAACCUUUUAUUGUAUACCAUGAAACUAGUUUUGAUAAAAUUUGUUUUUUUCCCUUGUACCUGCUUACUAAUUCAGUUAAAAGUUAAAAUGAGGUAUUUUAGGAAUCAGUUUUAUUUGUCAGUCUGAAGUGGUUCUUGUAUUUUAAGUGCUUAAUUGCUCAAAUUUCAUGCUGGUAGUUCUUAACCCACUGGCAACUUUAGAUUUGACUAUACGGGUACGACUUACAAGAAUAAACACUUACAAGUCCGACUUCGUGUCGGCGCCUUUGAUGUCGGUGUUUCCCUGAAAACAUUCACAAUGGCCGACUUAGCGCAGACAGGGGGGGGGAGUGUUUCCUCAACUCUUCCACCCUUAACUGUGAUCCGUUAUCGGACAUGGUAGGCUGGGCACCCUAUAGUGAGCCUUCGACUGAUCGCAAUUCAGCACUUCAGUGCAUGGAAAGAUAAUAUUAGCGUCUCUACAUACUUCCUUCAACGCUUUCUUGUUACUAUUUUCAGAUGUCUGUGGACAUCAAGAGAUUUGUGUCGGAGCUGGUCAACCGGGACGAAGGUGUUGAUAUCUCUGAGGCAAGUCCUUCAAAUGGGAAAUUGAGAUACAUAGUGGAGUCCAAGUGAACUGAGAUCGAUACUCACUACUGUCUGACCAAACGCUCUCCAACAAUUGCACAGCACAAAUAAAUAGUACAGUUUUCUGAGCAGCAUAUCGUGGACAUAGGAUGAAAUAGUGAAGCACAGAUUCCUCACGAUACCCACGCGCGCAACUUGGUGAUAAUUGACAUUUUAUCCGAAAUAAGGCUAUAUUUAAACCGGAGAAUCCAAGUCAAAGUCGAGUAUGUAAAAUUGAAGCGUAUCUUGUUAGUGAAUACUUGUAUUAUUUCUGUGUUCAUUUUUAUCUCAUCUAAUUUCUCGACUCGGUGGAACGACAUUACGCGAACAUAGCGUCUUCAAAAUAUUUUUUGUCGUAAUUAAACAAACCAGGCGUUGUAUAACUUGUAUUAUGACUUUAAUAGAGCAAAUGGUUAUCAUGUUUUGUUAUGAAUUUAUAAAUAUAUAAAAGUUUUUGUCUUUUCAGGCAAUGGAUCCGUUGCUGUCAUAUCUUGAAAAAUCAAUGAGGACAUUUUACAGCUCUUUAGUCCGUCCUGUAUUUGACAGGUGAGAUUUGCUUUGAGGGGUUGCGGUAUAGACGUAUGUAGGCUAAUACUAAAACUCAUCAUGAUGAUAUAAGGUAGCCUACAAUCCCUACAUCAUAAACUCUAGUUUCAUUCUAGCUAGGUGUGGGCUACAAGUAGCUAAGGUUCCUUUCUGGAGGUCCGGUCUUGUGUCAUAAUUUGUAUCUUCAUUGUCAAGUCUUAUAAGAGGAAGUUUUUUUCAAUGUUGUGUAUUUGUGAUAAAAAGUGCAGUUCAAAAUCUAAAAUCGUUUUGGCGUUCCUCUCAAAAUUACUUUGUUUUAGCUUUAUUUUGUAGUUUACAUAGUUAGCAACCCUUUUAAUUGUAUCUGGCGGUUGAGAAGGACAGAAUAAUAGUUAAAUAUUGUCAAUUUAAAUACAGUUAUCAUUGAUGCUGUAAAAUUGACGCCCUAUUUUUUGCCGCAAUUUGAGCAAAACUUACUGAAUUUCAAACAUCAUCUUCUCUUUGGCGUACCAUCUAAAAUCUCUUUAUUUUAGCAUAAUUUUACUGAUAAAGCACUAAACAUACUUUUUAAGCUUGUUUACCGCUUGACAAACGUAGCAAGAAUUUUUAAAAAAUCGAAUAUGGUCAUGACCAAGUAGAAAAGUAUAUUCAUUAGUUUUGACGCGCGUGUUACUAUACGAAACAUUCUCCUCUUAAAUAUAUCUUUCAUAGAACUCUUCUUUUUCUCUGGACUAUGGUAGUUGACAAUAUUGUUGCCACUGUUGGAGGUGAUAAAGGGGUAAGCUUUUUCACUCCAUAGCAAAUUAUCAGUAUUUUGAAUAUUGAGCCCUAACUUAGUGUGUUACUGAGAUACUUCAACAGCUCGUGAAUUUUCAGUAUAAUAUUUCUUUUAUUUAAACUAUUCUCUCUUUAUUAACAGAAACCUCCCAUCUUUUAUCAACGUUUGAAUCAAGUUCUUGAGGUAUGCAUGAAAAUUAGAGCGAUGAACUUGAGCAACGCAUCUUAUAAAGCGUCCAUUUUCGUUUGCAUCGAAUUAAAUGCGAUUCGGUUAAACAAUUUUUUUCUUAUAUCAGGUCCUAAUCGAUUUCUUCUGUGUUGAUGGCAUCGGGAUUCCGCUGGAUAAAAUGAUGACAGACACUGUAAAAGUGAGAAAACGUUCCCUUCGUAGUAUAGGUCGUAGUAUAGAUCAGUGUCUAGUGUGGGCUAUUCGUUAUUGCUUCAGUGAUACUACAGUGGAAAACUAAACUAACUUUCUUUAUACUGGAUAUCUCUACUAGGUUUAAACUGUUCUCUUUAGAGAUCCAGUAAGAAUCAUCUCUUACUGAUCCAAUGUUACUACAGGAGGAAACCUAAUUAAACUUAAACGAACUUUAUUUGUACUGAAUAGCUCUGUCAGUUUCUAUCAGUUCUUAAAUGUUCUCCCUAGAUGUCCAGUAAGGAUUAUCUCUUAUUGAUCCAGUGUCACCACAGGAAAAAACCUAAACUAAACCAACUUUAUUUAUACUGGAGAUCUCUAUCAUUUCUAAACUAUUCUCCCUAGCUAGAGUAACUCUAACUAAGAAAGGACUCUUACUCCCUAGUAAGUGUCCUUUCUUAUUGUUCCAGUGUUACUACGAGAGGAAAUCUAAAAUAAACUAACUUUAUUUAUACUGGAUAGCUGUAUCAGUUCUAAACUGUUCUCCCUAGAUGUCCAGUAAGGAUUAUCUCUUAUUGAUCCAGUGUCACCACAGGAAAAAACCUAAACUAAACCAACUUUAUUUAUACUGGAGAUCUCUAUCAUUUCUAAACUAUUCUCCCUAGCUAGAGUAACUCUAACUAAGAAAGGACUCUUACUCCCUAGUAAGUGUCCUUUCUUAUUGUUCCAGUGUUACUACGAGAGGAAAUCUAAAAUAAACUAACUUUAUUUAUACUGGAUAGCUGUAUCAGUUCUAAACUGUUCUCCCUAGAUGUCCAGUAAGGAUUAUCUCUUAUUGAUCCAGUGUCACCACAGGAAAAAACCUAAACUAAACCAACUUUAUUUAUACUGGAGAUCUCUAUCAUUUCUAAACUAUUCUCCCUAGCUAGAGUAACUCUAACUAAGAAAGGACUCUUACUCCCUAGUAAGUGUCCUUUCUUAUUGUUCCAGUGUUACUACGAGAGGAAAUCUAAAAUAAACUAACUUUAUUUAUACUGGAUAGCUGUAUCAGUUCUAAACUGUUCUCCCUAGAUGUCCAGUAAGGAUUAUCUCUUAUUGAUCCAGUGUCACCACAGGAAAAAACCUAAACUAAACCAACUUUAUUUAUACUGGAGAUCUCUAUCAUUUCUAAACUAUUCUCCCUAGCUAGAAUAACUCUAACUAAGAAAGGACUCUUACUCCCUAGUAAGUGUCCUUUCUUAUUGUUCUAGUGUUACUACGAGAGGAAAUCUAAAAUAAACUAACUUUAUUUAUACUGGAUAGCUCUAUCAGUUCUAAAAUCGUCUCCCCUAGAGGUCCAGUAAAAGUUAUCACUUAUUGAUACAGUGUUACUACAGGAGGAAAUCUAACCAAACGUCAUUUAUACUGGAUAGCUCUAUCAGUUCUAAACUGUUCUCUGUACAGGUCCAGUGAGAGCCAUGACUUAUAUUGCUUCAGUGUUACUAGAGGUAGAAACUGCAGACCCUUGGAAAAAAUUUGCAGACUUAUUUAGUAGAGUCAAACUAGAAAGACUCUUCUCACACGUGUUUUCUACAAAGGUAUUGCUUGAAGAACUUCUCCUGCGACAACUUCCCACUGAUAAAUUGAUCGAAGAAUAUUACGCUGAGAAGAUGAAAGAAAUGGUUGGUAGAAUUUAAAAUAAAGUCGUCACCGAUGAUUUAUCAUGUUCAUGAAAUAUUUUAAUCUUUCGCUUAAACUUAUUUGUUAGAUGGGGAAAGAAGCUGAGUUUGGCGAACUUGCGUUGAGAAUGUUUUAUGAUUUGAAGAACGAAAAACUUCAUGUCGAAUGUAAGCGUUGCAACUUUCUUCUUUCCUUCAACUAAAAGUAACAUAUGUUGUUGCUGGUUAACCCGUCCCUUUGAUGAGUAUAAUAGUGCAUUUUUUUAUGCGUUGCAGCUAAUGUUUUAUAUGUUGUUUUGUUUGUAGUGUUGAAUGGGCGAAAUUUACCGCCACUGGACUCAAAUGGUAAGUUACUUUAAAAUGAUCUUGACUAGUUGACUUGACGUUCCUACAAUUUACCAACAGAACCCAACCCCAGCCCAAAACCUAACCAACGUUAACUCUAAAGUAAUGCGAACUCUGAGAAUUUUGAACAACCUUGAAUACUAAAACAAGUCCGCCAUUUUGAAUGUGGUUUGUUGUUUUGGGUUUUUUUUUCUGGUGGUGGUGGUGGGAGACUAUGGCGGUCUAUCAUUAGCGCACUGGCUAGGAACAUGGCAGUUAAGCUAACAUCAAAGGCGCCGACAUGGAGUCGUACUUCUGUAUAGUCUGUCGCUACAUCUAUGACCGUUACCUAUACACUGGAACCCACAUUUAAUCUAGUACUCUUGUGUAGGUUAUUGUGACCCGUAUGUGAAGUUGUCCAUGGCGCCACGCCAUCUGUUUCCCACGGCAAUAGUUGAGAGAACAAAUGUACAGAAGAAGACACUCUUCCCGUUAUUUGAUGCAAAAUUCCAAUUGUAAGUACCAGUGUUUCUAGAGAGAUCAAUUAGCCACACCUUGUCCGCCAUUUUUGGGUGGCAAACGUCGCCGGAUGGCAACAAGUAAAGCAGCGAUUUAGUGAAGUAAAUCAUGGUACUGUGUUUUCACCACCCAAAACUGGCGGGCAAGGCCUGGUUGCUGGUCGCAUGGUGUGAAAAUGGC